AAAUGAUGAAAGUGAUUGGGGGAAAUACGGGAAAAGCCGAGGAUGUUGCGCAUGCGUAAUAACUUCGUAUAUAAUCGUCAAUUUCCGUCAGAUCAACCAGUCAUUCGUUCGAAGAACUACUUUGCGCGGGAAGUUUCACCUAAUACAAAAUAAAUUAUAACGAUGAAGACUAAUUAAAUCUUGUGACAUUUUUCUCUCCUUGUUUAGAAUGCACUUGUAAAGAAAAGGAAAGAUGUGAAUUUUAAAUUUGUAACAAUUGACAAAAAAUCUACAUUGCAAGCAUAUCUCCUAGUUAAAAGUGAAACGGUGUAUAUAGUGCUGUUCGUUUAUGACCAGUUGACAUCCACAUGGAGGGAGAUUCUCCUUUGAUUUUCAUUGGCUAAAAUAGAUAACUGUUCCCCCGCCUUUUCUUGAUAACUCUGACGUUAUUUUCUUGAUUAAUAGAAAGGCUCAUAACUAUUAAUUGGAUGCAUAAUAAAGAAAGAAACAACAGAACUCGUUGAAACAGAGUAGGAAAGAAGUUUAAACACUGAUGCAGAUUGCUUUUAUUCUGUGUGGACCUUGAGAAACAUCCAAAAUGUGAAUAGGAUAUCAAGUUUUCCUCGAGAAUGCCGAUACUUUCCGAUUUCUCUCGACGAUUUCAAUUAUUGACGACCGAUGCAAAACCUGAUCCACCACGUGUACCUAUUCAAGAUUAUACGAAUAAUUUGCAACAAAAUAAUGAAGAGGAAAAGAAGAGAAAAUUUUCUAUAAGACAAUUAAUAUCAAAGAAAAAUAAUUGUGAACAAAGUAAUAUUGCAACACCAUUGCAACGACAAAAAUCAGCACCGAGUGGUGAUGGUGAUGGUGAUGGUGGUGGUGUUACUACACCUUUUACUACUUCCGAUUUUUCUCCUAAAAAACCAAAAAAUCUUGAUAACGAUGACAACGACAUAGACAAGGAGGAUCUACCUUCAACAAAUACUUUUAGGGAAUAUAAAAAACCAAAUGUUAAAACGAAAACGAAGUCUCGUACAACGAAACCUUCACAAUCAGCAAACGUCGUCAAUUACAAUAUUGUUAAUUCGAAUGGAGUGAAAAUUGGAGCAAGGACAAGUUAUAUUUGUAAUAUCAACAAUUUUACAACAGAUAAAUCUGUCCCAAUGGAUACUACUAAUUGUUCAAAACCUAAAUCAAGAUUAAUGCCGGAAAAUGUUGAAUCGUUGACUAGGUGUGAAGAUGAAAUUACAUUUGAUGAUAUGUUUAUAAUAAAAACUCAUAUUGGUCAUGGUUGGAAAGAUGUUGCUAGGAGACUUUCUUAUUCAGAUGGUCAGAUUGAACAGUUUGAAGAGAAUUAUCGACAUAAAGGUGUAGACGAGAUAAUGUAUCAGUUGCUUUUAGAUUGGAAACAGGCUAACACGAAAGAUGCACAAAUUGGAAAUUUAAUAGAUGUUUUAUGGUUUUGUCAAGAGUAUGAUUGUGCGGAACGAGUAGCCAAUUCUCGUACAAAAUUAUAACAACAAAGUGAUAUGUGCGUGUGAUAUUUAUAAUAUAAAUGCAAUAUCGAAUAAGAUUAAAUUUACUUAUGUAGUAUAUUUUUAUAUUAACUUACAAUACGUCAGUAAUAUUAAUCUGACAUAAUGGACAAAGUUCCAUCAUAAUGGAAAAUCUGUAUUUUAUUACCGACUGUACAAUAUAUGCCGCCAUCUAGCGGCAAUAACUGUUACUUUAUCUUACCGACUGAUAAAAGAUGUACCGCCAUCUAGCAAUACUGGCUAUUACUUCAUCUACAUUA